AUGGAAAAACUCCACAUUGCAAUAGCUGGAAUCAGCGAGAUGAGGUGGGCUGGCAGUGGGGAAACAACAACAUCAGAUAGCAAUCUAGUCCUACACAGUGGCAACAGUGACGGCAGCAGAUAUGGAGUGGGAAUUUUUGUGUCCAAGCGCAUAAAGAAGGCACUGGUUUCCUGGGAACCCAUUUCUGAUAGAAUCAUGACCGCCAGGUUCAAUGCUAUGCCCCGACGGAAGACGCAAACGACGACACCAAGGACGACUUCUAUACUGCCCUUACAGCAACCCUCAACAAGCUACCGCAAGGUGACAUUAACAUCCUCAUGGAUCGACCACAUAUGCAUUAGCAGGAAAUGGAGACACUUGCUACUGGACGUACGGAACAAAAGGGGAGCAGCCAUAGACAGUGACCAUGAGUUGGUCAUUGGAGAACUUUCAAUAAAGCUCAACCGCAACCACUCAAGGAACACUGGCAACAGUCAACACCGGCGAGCGCCCCCUCUGAACCUGCACCUCCUUAGCGACUCUACUCUGAAGACGAGAAUGACGUCCACGCUGCGAGAACAGCUGAUCCCCCUAGAAGACCACCCAUGGGAGCACACCUGCAGGCAACUAAGGACCACGGCGGAGGAAAUACUCGGCCUGCAACAACGCGGAAGAUCGGACUGGAUAUCUGAAGGGACCUGGGACCUGAUUAGAAGGAGGAACCACCUGAAGCCUCUGGCGAACCAGCUCACACAGUACCGGGAGGAGUAUCACGGACUAUGCAGAGCGGUGAAAAGGUCGGCCAGAAAGGACAAAAGAGCACAGCAGGAUAGACUUGCGGCAGACGCAGAACGAGCAGCCGGCGAGAACAACAUGCGCUCGCUAUACCAGCAGAUUGCACGUUUCACAGGAACCCAUCACAAACAGAACAAACCAGUCAGAGAUCUAGAAGGUAACCUCCUAUCCAAUGAUGACGCACAAAUCCGAAGAUGGCGCCAACACUUCAUGGGAAUUAGCCACACCACAACACCAAACGUGGCCAUAGACUACAGGAGUGUUUUGCCGCCAAGUGGGAGUAGCAGGAUACCCUCUGCACCCCCGAAUGUAAGAGAAAUCGUGAAUGCAAUAAAGAAGCUGAAGCACAACAGGGCAGCUGGCGAAGACAACAUACCAGCCGAAUUGCUUCAAGUUGACACCCAACUGAUGGCUGAAAUAUUGCAUCCACAUUUCUUACGCAUAUGGGAAGGCGAGACGGUGCCAGCCUCCUGA